CCUUUCUCUAAACUUGCAACAUAGCAUAGUUUUGUGUUUUUCAUUCACGAAAGCUGGCGGGUGUGCAAAUGUGCUAAUAUAAUUGAAUGUGGCAGUGCUAGAUUACUUUCAAAACAGAAUUACGACAGUGUUAAAUCGUGAUAGUUAAUGAAAUAGUCAAGGAUCAGGGGCGCGACGAGCGGCUAGACGGCACCAUGGACGACGACCAGCAGUUUUGCCUACGCUGGAACAACCAUCAGUCGACGCUUGUGUCCGUUUUCGACACUCUCCUGGAGAAAGGCAUUCACGUCGACUGCACCUUGGCUGCAGAGGGCCAGACCCUCAAGGCGCACAAAGUAGUCCUGUCAGCGUGCAGUCCCUAUUUCGAGAGCGUACUUUCACAGCAGUAUGACAAGCAUCCAAUUAUAAUAUUGAAAGAUGUGAAGUAUGCAGAGCUUAGGGCUAUGAUGGACUACAUGUACCGUGGAGAAGUGAACAUCUCGCAGGACCAGUUAGCGGCUCUGCUGAAGGCAGCCGAAUCUCUACAGAUAAAGGGCCUAUCAGACAACAAGCCAUCGCGGCCUCCGUCGCGCCCGGCGCCGCCUGCCGCUGCACACCCGCCCAGAGCCCCCUCACCCCCUCCACAGGCUCGCGAUGGCAGCAUAGACAGUCGUGAGGGCUCGGUGAGCCCCACUCGCCGCCGCAAAAAAGCGCGUCGCCUGUCCACCGAGGGGUUGGAGGUGCCCGUCCUCAACCUGCCCCCAGCCAACGACAACGCGACCGGCAAUGGCGACGAGGCGCACUGCAAGGAAGAGGCGCCUCGGGAUGGAGUCGAAGACCUUACUAUUGAUGAGGAGGCUGAUGAUCAACCGGCCGUCACACAUAACGACGUUGUUCGCAACUUCCAAUGGCACAUGGAACGAUCUCAAGACGAAAUAAUGAACUCGAGCGACGGCGUCCGAGACUCGCAAGGCGGCGGAGGCUGCGUGCCGGAAGACGUCUCUUUCACUAGGAUCGGCGGCCUGUCCUGGGACCAGUGGUCGGCGAGGCUGGCGCUGCCGCUCGUCGCCAGCAUGAGGGUGAACGCGCCCUCGCUGCCGCCCACGCCCGGUGAGCCCAGCUUCAGCUGCCCCGACUGCGGCAGAAUGUAUAAACUCAAGUCCUCGCUCCGUAACCACCAGAAGUGGGAGUGCGGCAAAGAGCCUCAGUUCCAAUGCCCGUACUGUGUGUACCGCGCCAAGCAAAAGAUGCACAUCGCCCGUCACAUGGAGAGGAUGCACCGCGAGGUGCACAUGAAGCCCGAACAGUACAUAAAGCAGGACAACGUCGACGCUUGUACAUAGCGCGCUCGACUUCUGCGAACCAAUUUUAGUCACUUUGAUGAAUACUCCAUAAUUUUAGAGUCGAUCGCCGAUCUAUGUAAAACUUUUACAUAUCAUUGCCUUUAUAAAUGUUUGUUAAUUGGAAUGUUGUUGAAAGUAGAACCAGUUUUAAUGUAGCUGAUAACGUGUUUUCGACUUAAGAAUCGUUAGUAUACUUUCAGAAUUUAAAGAGAAAUUAUGGUAAAGUAUAAAAUUCCCAAGUUAUUCCGAUUGUGAUAAAUGUGAUUAAGUAAAUCUCUUUUGUGAUAGUGGCAUCAGAAAGUCACGUUAGAUGUAAUCGCCCUUCCGCGAGUCACAGCUCGUGCCCGCAAUCGUUACCUACUUGUACUCAAUUUAUGCAACGCCUACACAUAUGACAAUAAUUAACAUGGUAAUACGCAUCAAAUUGCCGUAGCCUCGCGCUAGCAGUUGACAUGCGGCAAUAUGUACAAACUGUUGCAUUUAUCCACUACGUUAAGUCGAAAGUGAUUGUAUAGUUACGCUUUUUAUCAUUUUUGUACAUGUAUUUUUUGUACAGCAUUUAUUGUAGACUAUCAUUCCUGCCUGGAUUUAGUAGAACGCUACAACAGACUAUAGAGCAGUGUUGGUUAAGUUCGUUACCAAUUUCAGUUACUAUUCUAAAUCCAAAUGAUCAUUUAUUUUUUAAUUGUUAUGGUUAGAAUCAAACUAAUGGGAGCAUAUUUUGAGAGUACAAUUAUAGUUUUCAAAUUUCUUUUGUUUAGAAGAUCACAUCUGGAAUCUGCAUGCCUUGUAUACUCGGGCAAAUGAGAGUUUGAAUGCUAAAUUAAGUCUUAAGUCUUGUAUAUCUUAGUUGUAAACAAAAUGAAGCUAUUUUCGCUUAGUUAGCAAACUCUAGUUCUUUGCCAUAAUGCAUGUUCCAUUAUUAUUGUAAUACUCAUUUAAGUUAAUUUUUUAUUUCAAUUAUUUUUAGAUCUCUUUAAUCUAAUGCAUUUAUUUUAUAUUAGUUUAGGUUUUUUUAUUAUUUUCAGUGACAGUAGAGUGGAAUGAGCUAUUGUCGUUUGCGAUGCGGCGAUUUAUGUAGUUCCUCGGUGCAGAUGAUAUGUUGUACCUAUAUCAGAUGCGUCGCUCUUGACGUCUUCUAACCUAUAAUUGUGGGGCCAAUAAGAUUAUUAGUAAUUAGGUCACAAUGCUUGACGAAUGAGUGCCUUAUUUGAAGUGAUUGUUGGCUAAAUCGAAAAUAUAUAAAUAUUAAAUAUCAAAUUAACUACACUGCCAUUACAUUGUUGCGAGAACAAAUGAAACGUGAACAAUCAUGUUAUUUUUGCGAAGUUCAAACCAAUCUUCCACAUAGUUUAUAAGUAAUUUUUAUACACAUUACCAUUUAGAAAUUAUUUUAAGAUAGGCGCGGUAGUGGCUGCAAUUACACAGUCUCGACAAAAUUUACCUUCGAGUACAAGUUUCUUGUGAACGAGCGACCGCUACCGCUUAGGUUAUCCGUCGCAGUUACCAUCAUACAAUCAAAAUGUAGUAGUUCACAAAGUACAACCAUACAAGUCUUGUCAGUAUAAAACUAAGUGCCUUUAAAAAGUUAGUCAUUAGGGUUUAAAACUUCUCAUUUUCUAAAAUCUCAAUCAGCCGUCUUGGAACGUAACGUUUGGUCGCAAAAUUUCUAGGUUGUGAUUUUUAAACCAUUUACUCGCCACACAAAAAUUAAAACUAAUUCAACAAUAUAAAAAUUUCUAAUUAGUGU